GAAGCCGCGGGUGAAAGGCGAAAGCGAGGAAUCGGAAUUAAUGUCGCCUCCAGCAAGGCACGCACACCACCCCCAGGCAGGCCGCAGGCCCCGUGGAGCCGUGGAUUAUAUUCCUCCCGUGCUGCCCCGUCCAAAGGGCCCGAGGCCUCCGCGCAGCAAUUCCUUCCUCCACCCCGAUGCAACGCCAUAUUCUCCCUCGCCUCGCCUCGCCUCUCGCCUCCUCCAGGCGUCGCCUGCAAGUAGGUAGCACGGCCGCGUACGAACAGAUCCGCACCAUAUAUACCGACGCCGCCCGGCUCGCAAGUACCCGCAGGCUCUUCUUCUUCUGCUUCUGUUCUUCUCCAUUGGCUAGGUACACGUAGCAGCCAUCCACCGAUCGAGUAAGCUAGCUAGUAGCGAGGGCUAGCUAGCUGUCUCUGCUGCCAAGGUAGUAGCUUGUCAUCAUCCAUAUGCACGCGGUGCCGGCGGCGACGGCGGCGGUGAUGCCGGGGCCGGUGACCCACGACGACCUGUCCCUGCGCAAGGCGCACGAGCGCCGCGCCGCGCGGUCGAGCGGCCAGGCCGCGGUCGCGCUCGUCGCGCUCUCCGUCAUCUGCGGCCUCGUCGCCUUCGUCCUCUGCCUCGCCGCCGAGGGGUCGCGCUCCGAGGUCUCCCACUACCUCAUGAGCGUGGGCGGCAGCCGGGACCAGCUGGACGUGUGCUUCUACAGCGGCAGCGGCCGCGCCGCGCUCGCCUACGCCGUCGGCGCCUUCGUCCUGCUCGCCGUCGCCAUGUUCGCCGAGCACGCCUACAUGCUGGUCGCCGUCGCCGCGCCCGAGUCAGCGUCCGCGGGCCUCGCCGUCGCGCAGGACAACCCGCGCGUCGCGUCCACCGCCGCCACGCUCACCUGGCAGACCUGCUGCCUCUUCUUCCUCACAUGGAUCUGCUUCGGGCUCGCAGAGGUGCUGCUCAUGAUCGGCAUCGGCGUCGAGUCCGGCCACAUCAGCGACUGGCGCAAGCCGCGGCCAGUGUGCCACCGGGUGCGGCCCGGGAUGUUCGCCGCCGCGGGGAUCCUGGGGCUAAUCACCGUCGUCGUCGGCUUCGUGGUCUACGUCACGGCCGCGCAGGCGCAGCGGCUGCGCGGGCAGUACAACUACGGCGGCGGCGGUCACUUCGUCGGCCCCGACGCUCCAUACCCCGGCGUCCAGCACCAGCACCCGCCGGUGCCGCACCCACACCCACACCCGCACGCUCAUCCAGCGCCAUCCGCGCCGGAGAUUAGGACGGCGCCGUUCCAGGUGGAGCCCAGCCGUGCGUCCCUCAUCACCAAGGAGGUCGCCGAGGUGUGAAACGCUUGCAAAGGGGUCCAAACGGAGCAGAAACAAGACCACAGCCACGGCUACAUUCUUUGCCGCCAUAUUAAGUUCUACAUUCUUUGCCGCCUUUAAAAGUUUCUACCAUGUAAGAAUACUACCAAGACUAUUUCAUUGUAAAUGCCAACUAAUCAUUGUGAAGUGGGUUAGAUGCGCUUUGAGUUGUAAAGGGCUUUGUACCGACCUUUCAAAGAAUAAUCCUGAGAUUUCUGUACUGGAACUACAUCAGCCUGAACCUUGUAUUUGCUACGAAUUUGAGCACCCAGCUAAACUUGGA